AUGAAAACAUUAUUUAGAGCAUUUGUAAAAAGUUUUUUAAUUGCUUGCUUUGGAGCUAUCUUAGUUGCAAUUGGUAGCCCUAUUGGAAAAUUAGCUAUAGCUGGAACAGCUCUAUUUGGAUGCCGUGUAAUAAAAGGGGAAUAAAAUACAAUUGAAGGAGCAAUCAAAGUAGCUGAAAAUAAAACAAACGAAAUGUACAUUUUGUAUAAUUAAACUAGUGAUAAGCCUUUAAAAUCACUAGAAUUUGUUUUUUCUGAGAAUAUUUAUGCCCACACACAUUUCAAGGCUUGCUUUAUUACUGCCCAUAAUUCUUGUUUGACAUACGAAAUAAUAUCAGAAUUUGAUGGUGUAAUAGCUUCUAGAAAUCAACAUAAUAAAAAUGUUUCAUUUGAACUUCAUCUCUUUUUGGUCAAAUAAGAAUACGAGGGAGUUUUUAAUUAAAACAAUAGCAAAAUUGGUUGGUAGAAGCGAGAUGGAUAAAGGCUGAAAAGCAUCGAGGAAAUAGAUGCUUAUGCAAUUAAGAUCUUCAAUGAAAAUAAGCUUUUCUAAGAGAGAUACAAUAGUCAUGCUUUUGUAAGAAUGCUGCUUGAUUUUGCAGCUGGAAAUUGA